AACAACAUGGUGGUUCAGUCCAUUUUCUUUGCAAGAAAAAGCCUUCCUUUCCGUGCUACCGUUGCUGUUUGCCCUCCUCCUCCGGCUGUCUGCGAGGGCAAGCCAUAAACAUUCCCUGGGCUUUGCUCUCUCCUUCAGCAAGAUGCUCGGUCGGAAAUAUCCGCUCCUUCCCCCCACCUGCUCGGUCUGGAUGGUACAGUCUGCAGAGGGACUCCUGUAAUGUAGCUCAGUUUGUCAAUCCCUUACAGAUGCCGAACAGUGAUUACUCCGCUGUAUAAUUGAAAUAAUUUUGGAUUUGUGAUGAUAGCUUAACCAAGUCUGAAGGAAGAGAUGAUCAUGUAGAUGCCAACAGCCUGGGUGCAUCAUAAUGGGAAACAGUGAAUGGGGUGGAACUGGUCUGCAACCUUGAAAGCAGCCAUUCUCUGGACAGAGGCACAUCAGUCAUUCCUCGCUUUCUCAACUGUUACUACUGGCGGCAUAAAGUGGAUUCGUUCUACUCUUUAGGCCGGAACUUGAGUUUCCACCCUUGCAAAUUCUCGAGCUGCAUACAACGCAGUGUGGAGCAAUACCAUCAGCAACAAUGGGUGACAUGACAAAUAGCGAUUUUUAUUCAAAGAACCAAAGAAAUGAGGCCAAUCAUGCAGGAGAAUUUGGGUGCACGCUUCUGGAUCUGCGCUCCCUCAUGGAACUUCGAGGAACAGAAGCAGUAGUAAAAAUUAAAGAGACAUAUGGGGACACUGAGGGCCUCUGCAGACACUUGAAUACAUCGCCAAUAGAAGGAUUGCCUGGCACUGCUGCUGACUUAGAUAAAAGAAAGCUAAUUUUUGGGAAAAACUUUAUACCUCCAAAGAAGCCAAAAACUUUCUUACAGUUAGUCUGGGAAGCGUUACAGGAUGUGACUCUUAUCAUUUUGGAAAUAGCAGCCAUCAUAUCUCUUGGGCUCUCAUUUUACCAUCCACCUGGAGAGGAAAAUGAAGCCUGUGCUACUGCAUCAGGAGGAGCUGAAGAUGAAGGAGAGGCAGAAGCUGGUUGGAUCGAAGGUGCUGCCAUUCUGCUGUCUGUUGUUUGUGUGGUACUUGUCACUGCCUUUAAUGACUGGAGCAAAGAGAAGCAAUUCCGUGGGCUUCAAAGUCGUAUUGAGCAAGAACAGAAGUUUACUGUGGUCCGGGGUGGACAAGUUAUUCAAAUUCCAGUAGCAGAGAUAGUAGUUGGCGACGUUGCACAGAUAAAAUAUGGUGACCUUCUACCUGCUGAUGGGGUGUAUAUUCAAGGAAAUGACCUUAAGAUUGAUGAAAGCUCUUUAACUGGAGAAUCAGAUCAAGUCCGCAAAUCUGUUGACAAAGAUCCAAUGCUGCUUUCAGGUACACAUGUCAUGGAAGGUUCUGGAAGAAUGGUUGUUACUGCUGUAGGAGUUAAUUCUCAAACAGGGAUCAUCUUUACUCUGCUAGGCGCUGGUGAAGAUGAGGAGAAGAAAGAUAAGAAAGUAGAUUCUUCCCAUACCUCCUUCCAUCCUCCUUCAACUACAGAUGGGGCAGCAGGUGCAAAUGCCACUGAUAAUGCAAAUGCCAGCUUAGUCAAUGGCAAAAUGCAGGAUGGGAAUAUGGAGAACAACCAGAAUAAAGCCAAACAGCAGGAUGGUGCUGCUGCAAUGGAGAUGCAGCCACUGAAGAGUGCUGAAGGCGGAGAUGGAGAUGAUAAAGACAAGAGGAAAGCUAACAUGCACAAGAAAGAGAAAUCUGUCCUCCAAGGGAAGCUGACUAAAUUGGCUGUCCAGAUAGGGAAAGCAGGUUUGGUGAUGUCUGCCAUCACUGUCAUCAUCUUAGUAUUAUACUUCACUAUUGAAAACUUCGUAGUCACCAAGAAGCCAUGGCUGCCUGAAUGCACACCUAUCUAUGUUCAGUAUUUUGUUAAGUUCUUCAUAAUUGGUGUUACUGUGCUUGUGGUUGCUGUUCCGGAAGGACUUCCCCUUGCUGUUACUAUUUCCCUCGCUUACUCUGUGAAGAAAAUGAUGAAAGAUAACAAUCUGGUCCGUCAUUUGGAUGCGUGUGAGACGAUGGGUAAUGCUACAGCCAUCUGCUCUGAUAAAACAGGGACGUUAACCACCAACCGGAUGACAGUAGUACAAGCGUAUGUUGGAGAUGCCCAUUACAAAGAGAUCCCUGACCCAGAUUCCCUUCCAGCCAAAAUUCUGGAUUUGCUGGUUAAUGCAAUUGCCAUCAACAGCGCUUACACUUCAAAAGUUCUGCCACCAGACAAGGAUGGUGGUCUACCUCGUCAGGUUGGCAACAAGACAGAGUGUGGAUUGCUGGGGUUUGUCUUGGACCUAAAGCAGGAUUACCAGCCUGCCCGGAUUCAAAUGCCUGAAGAGAAGCUCUACAAAGUGUACACAUUUAACUCUGUGAGAAAAUCAAUGAGUACUGUCAUCAAAAUGCCAGAUGAAAGUUUCCGAAUGUACAGCAAAGGAGCUUCUGAAAUUGUCCUAAAGAAGUGUUCUAAGAUUCUUAAUGCAGCUGGUGAGCCUCGCAUCUUCAGACCUCGUGAUCGGGAUGAGAUGGUAAAGAAAGUGAUUGAACCUAUGGCCUGUGAUGGAUUGAGAACUAUCUGUGUUGCUUAUCGAGACUUCCCCAGCAGCCCUGAACCAGACUGGGAGGAUGAAAAUGACAUUCUGUCUGACCUGACUUGCAUUUGUGUGGUUGGCAUAGAAGACCCUGUAAGACCAGAGGUCCCAGAAGCCAUAAGAAAGUGUCAGCGAGCAGGAAUUACAGUCCGUAUGGUCACAGGGGACAACAUCAAUACAGCUCGUGCUAUUGCAAUAAAGUGUGGGAUAAUUCACCCUGGAGAAGAUUUCCUCUGCAUUGAGGGGAAAGAGUUUAACCGAAGGAUCCGAAAUGAGAAAGGAGAUAUUGAACAGGAACGCAUUGACAAGAUCUGGCCAAAACUUCGUGUCCUUGCUCGUUCGUCUCCCACUGAUAAGCACACUUUAGUCAAAGGUAUUAUUGACAGCACUCAAGUGGAGCAGAGGCAGGUUGUAGCAGUGACUGGUGAUGGAACUAAUGAUGGACCGGCGCUUAAGAAAGCUGAUGUUGGCUUUGCAAUGGGUAUUGCAGGAACUGAUGUCGCAAAGGAAGCCUCAGAUAUUAUCCUGACCGACGAUAACUUUAGUAGCAUUGUGAAAGCUGUAAUGUGGGGUCGUAAUGUCUAUGACAGUAUUUCCAAGUUCCUGCAAUUCCAACUCACAGUAAAUGUGGUGGCCGUGAUCGUUGCUUUCACUGGAGCUUGCAUUACCCAGGACUCUCCUUUAAAAGCUGUACAGAUGCUAUGGGUCAACCUGAUUAUGGACACAUUUGCCUCUCUUGCUCUGGCUACGGAACCUCCUACAGAGUCGUUGCUGCUAAGAAAACCAUAUGGCCGAAACAAGCCUCUUAUCUCCCGUACUAUGAUGAAGAACAUUUUGGGCCAUGCUGUGUACCAGCUCACUCUCAUUUUUACUCUCCUUUUUGUUGGUGAAAAAAUGUUCAAGAUUGACAGUGGCAGGAAUGCACCACUUCAUUCUCCGCCUUCUGAGCACUACACAAUCAUCUUCAAUACCUUUGUUAUGAUGCAGCUGUUCAAUGAAAUCAACGCACGCAAAAUCCACGGUGAAAGGAAUGUUUUUGAUGGCAUCUUUAGAAACCCUAUAUUUUGCACUAUUGUACUGGGCACAUUUGUUGUGCAGAUAGUAAUUGUACAGUUUGGUGGUAAACCUUUUAGCUGUUCCCCUUUGGAGCUUGACCAGUGGAUGUGGUGUGUGUUUAUUGGAUUAGGUGAACUUGUAUGGGGUCAGGUCAUUGCAACUAUCCCAACAAGUAGACUAAAAUUUUUAAAGGAGGCAGGAGGUCUUACAUUAAAAGAAGAGGCGCCCGAAGAGGAGAUGAAUGAAGAUGUAGAAGAAAUUGACCACGCAGAAAGAGAACUUCGGCGUGGGCAAAUCCUCUGGUUCCGGGGGCUCAAUAGAAUCCAGACCCAGAUCGAAGUAGUCAAUACUUUCAAGAGUGGCACUUCCUUUCAGGGGGCUCUCAGGAGACAAUCCUCCGUCACAAGCCAGAACCAGGAUAUCCGCGUCGUGAAGGCAUUCCGUAGCUCUCUCUAUGAAGGGUUAGAAAAACCAGAAUCUAGAACCUCCAUUCACAACUUUAUGACUCAUCCUGAAUUUAGGAUAGAAGAUUCCCAGCCCCAUAUCCCUCUCAUUGACGACACAGAACUAGAAGAAGACCCUGCGCUCAAGCAAAACCCAAGUCCACCGUCUUCAUUGAACAAGAACAAUAGUGCUAUCGACAGUGGAAUAAACCUUACAACUGAUACAAGUAAAUCAGCUACCUCUUCUAGUCCAGGAAGCCCGAUCCAUAGCCUGGAGACAUCACUUUAGCUGAAAAUGUCACUGCAAAAAUAUAAAUAUAAAUAUAUACAGAGAGAUAUGUAUAAACAAUGCUGGCUGAGAAGCUGUUUGAACUCCUGUUCACUUUGAGGGGGGGGGGGGACAGAACGAACCACUGAUCAUGAUGGUUCUGGGGGAUUUACAUAUUGCUGAUUUACAUAUUCCCCUCUUGCUCCCCCCCCUGCAGAAACAAACAAAAACAAUACAAAUGCCCUCCUGCAUGAAUGUACUACCCACUUCCAACCUUCCCUUCUUUUUAUUCCUUAAGCAGGAAAUGCAGAGGACUAUUGAGGCUAUUUAUCCAAUUCACUGGUCUGUGAGUUGUUGUUUUUUUUUUAAUGCUUGUGUGGCAUGGACUCAGUUGUAUAGAUUAAUUUAAAUAUUUUUUUGAAGUUGCAAAGCUUAACUUGCACAGUAGAUUUGCACCAGUUGGACAGAGGAACCUAAAAUAAGCAUUUAUGAGACUAUAUAUAGAAAUAUAUAAAUAUAUACAUAAUAUAAUUAUAUAUGUGUAUAUAUCGAUAUAUAUAUUUAUAUCUAUAUACAGAUAUAGAUAUAGAUAUAUAUAAAGUUUAUUUGUUGGCAUGUUGCCUUUUUCUGCUCAAAUUGCUAUAUUUUAACUUAUUUAUGUCCUAAAAAUAAAGAAUGUAAUUUGUUUACAGAACUGUAGAUAAUAUCCUUAACUACCGGUAUUUGUAGGAUUAAGACAGCACUUCCUGCCGAGAUAAUAUUCAAAUCGCUCAAUUCAAUGAAAAUUUCUGUAAUAUGGCACCCUGGAUGUUUUAUUACAACUGUGAUCAGAUUUUUGCCUGAUAGGUUUUUCUUUUUUGUUAAAUAAUGUAGAUAUUGCUAGCAAAUAACAAAAGAAGCCAAAAUAUAAUAUAUUGGAUGUAGCAUUGUGAUCCUAUAUAGAGGGUGAUGAAACAGAAAGGCUUCCUUUGUUUUAAAUACACAUUUAAAUGAUCAGGUUUUUUGCUCUCUCUUUUUUAAUGAAUUAUUUGACCUUAUUUUGAUGCAAUACUUAAUGAUGAGGCCAUUUCAUUAUUUAAGUGUAUUGCAAUGGCUUCUUAAACAUAUUUUUUUAAAAGAUUAUAAUAAACCUCAGUGGAGUUUCUGAAUAUCAGUUCAAAAAUAAGUUAUAUUUGGCUUUGUAUGAGGAUCAAACUAAUGUUGAAAUAUUGUGUGCUGGAUUCUAUUCCAUUAGAAAUUUAGUCAUUUAUUUCUUGAAAAAUAUGGGCUGUUGGCAUUUUGGAUGAGAACCACUAUGGUUUGUUGCUUUGACAUUUAAAAAGAAAAAUAAUAUCAUUUUAUGCACUAUGUAGACCUGAAUGAAACUUUAUGAAGUGUAUACUGAAAUGUGCUUUGUGUGAUUAUUUUUAAACCAAGCUUGUCUUCCUGUAGUCACAAAAGUAUAUUAUAGCAAAUCCACUAAUGUUGUUUUUCCCUUGUAUUGUGCUUUCUACACUGAAAGCCAUUGUAAACAACUGCAAUAUUCUGGGUGAGAUUUCUUUUUUCUUCAAGAUGGUAACAGCCCUGGUAAUUUAAAAGCUUAUAUAAUUGCUAUGUCAACCACUUGAAUGCAAAGCACUUUGUGGGUCACAGAUUUUUCAUAAAUGACUUUUGUAUUUAAUACAAGGUUUGCUUCAA